AGGACGUCCUUGACAACCGAUUUGACGUGACUAUCAUAAGUAGGACGUCCUUGACUCCAGAAACACGUCUGCUGUAAGAUGCAAAGAGGAACCAUUACAACGGAUACACGAGGACAGCCGAUGAGUGGAUAUGCUUCACCGGGACAAGGAUUUGCUCCACCCGGUACAGGAUUUGCACCUCCUGGAAGUGGUUUUGCCGGGGGUUUUGCCCAACCCGGUACAGGAUUUGCACCUCCCGGAAGUGGUUUUGCGCCACCUGGACAAGGAUUUUCACAACCUUCAACACCCGCCUAUCCUCCACCACCAUACACACAACCACCUCCUCCAACUGAUCAAGGAUAUCCUCCACCACCAUACCCACAACCACCUCCUCCGUCUGGUCAAGGAUAUCCACCUCCACCUCCCGUAUACAAUCAACCAAAACCAGUUGGUAUUGUUGUUUUACCAGAUAACGCUAGACAGAUGCAGAGAACACCUCCUCCAGAUUGGACGCUUCCAGCGGUAGUUGCAUGUAUUUUCUGCGCAUGGCCAUGCGGAUUGGUUGCAAUAUUGGCAAGUAGAAGUGCAAAACAGGCACACGAAGAAGGAGAUUAUGUCUCAGCACGUGCGAAAGCUGAUAAUGCCAAAAAACUAAUAAUUGUCAGUGUUAUGCUAGGGAUAUUUUGCUAUACUUAUAUUAUAUACUCACAAGUUUUAAAUGCCACAUUGUAUGAUUGACAAA